AUGCAGGAGUGCGGGGGAACCGCGGCGGGUCGCCGGGCCUUCGACAGCAUUUGCCCCAACAGGAUGCUGGAUCCGCGAGGCCGGCCCAUCAGCAAGCCCGGGAAGCCGGAGAGGAAGUUCGCUCCUCCGCGGAAGUUCUUUCCCGGUAGCAGCGGCUGCAGCCGGGUGUCGGUGUACCAGGAUCCCCCAGACCCCGAGACCCCUGCACUGCCAGCGCUCACCACCAUAGACCUGCAGGACCUCGCCGACUGCUCCUCGUUUCUUGGGUCCGACCCGCCGCCUGGUGGUGACUCAGCCGCCUCACAGAGCCAUUCCCUGCAAACGGCAGCGGACUUCGAUCUGCAGGAUUUCAGAGACACCGUGGAGAAUCUCAUUGCAGACUCAUCCUCUUUGAUGUCACCUUCCCUGGCGGCCGGAGACUUCCCGUUCUCUCCUAGCGAUGUCCUGCCCUUUGGUCCCUGUCUCUCCCCGCCGCUGAGCCCGCCCCAAGUGCCCCCGCCAGAGCAAUACUGGAAGGAGGUGGCUGACCAGAACCAGAGGGCGUUGGGGGACGCACUCAUCGAGAAUAAUCAACUGCACGCGACGCUGACCCAGAAACAGGAGGAAAUCGCCUCCCUGAAGGAGCAUAAUGUGCAACUGAAGGAACUCGCCAGUAGGACCCGGCACCUGGCCUCGGUGCUGGAUAAGCUGAUGAUCACCCAUUCCCGGGAUCCCGGGGCGGCAGCCGAGCCCUUCCUGCUCAAGGCGACGGCCAAAAGGAGCCUGGAGGAGUUGUUCAGCGCUGCGGGGCAGGAUUGCGCGGAAGUGGACGCCGUUCUGAGGGAGAUUUCUGAGCGCUGCGAUGAAGCUCUGCAGAGCCGCGAUCCCAAGAGGCUCCGGCUGCAGCCCGAGCCCCCGAGCCUGGACCGCAGGCCCGGGAACCUGCACGGCGCCUUCCCGGGGCUGCGCACAGACUGCAGCCGGAGUGUGCUGAACCUGAGCCACAGCGAGCUCGAGGAGGGCGGCUCCUUUAGCACCCCCAUCCGCAGCCACAGCACCAUCCGCACCCUUGCUUUCCCCCAGGGCAAUGCCUUCACCAUCCGGACCGCCAACGGGGGUUACAAAUUCCGCUGGAUCCCCAGUUGAGCUGGGAUGUGGUCCUCCGAAACACUGCCUCUAUGCAGAUUGAAGCGCCUGGAAGCUAAAAACUGGUUUCUCAGAACUCCCCCUGCAGGGCCGAUGCCACUCUGAAACUUUUUUUUCAGGAACAAGAACGUAAAACGUUUUGCUACUGAUGCAUUGUAAAGUUCUGUAAGAUACUGUAUUGUCCCUCCCCUUUUCACAGCGAAACCGCGCGCUUGUGUGUGUG